GUCUCGCAAUAUGAAGCUGUCCAUCCUGUAAGAGGUCCAUCUGACUUCAAGAAGCGUCUUGGACAUGGUCGGAGACCUCGUGAAACCAAGUUCCAGUUUUUUGUGAUAAAGACCACAAUGUCGAUUCAAUACAAGAGAUGUGAAAGUAUGCGACAAUCGAUACUACGGAUGCAUCCAGUCCGUGCCUCCGACGCCAAGAGCCUCACUAACACUUCGCAAUUAAUGUUUCCAUCUGCUGCGAACGAGAGACAAUACGUUGAAGAAUGUUUCUACUUCUCUCAUGAGGCAAUGCCAAGAGAACCUCUCGUAGUUGUGCAUGUGGCUCUUCUUAAUGAAAUAGCUGAUAGUGUGCAGAGUAUUGUGGAUUGUGAGCACCUUGAUUACAAGGAGCAAGACUGCACAACCGCAAUUUAUUAUUCCAUAACGGCCACACAACCA